GGCUUAGUCACACACAGAAUCGGAGACGUAGAACUUUCCCGAAGGGAAGAAGAAGGAUCGCGCCUUUCUAAUUUUCCUGUUCUCUCUUCGUUCGCUGUUUUUUUUCUCACGAACCCCAUUUGCGGCAAGCUCUGGUAGAUGGAGUAUCAAUUCUUUCUGGGAGGGAUUCUAGCUUCGUGUUUGGUGCUUGUGUUUUUUGUUUGCAGAUCUGUCGAGAAGAAAUUCUCGGGGUCAAGAGAGGCCACCAGUAUUGGGUUUGCUGAGAUCUCAGAAAAUGGAGAAUGCGAAUCAGAGGAUGCGGGAGGUGCAGAAAUUAUCAUAGUUGGUGCUGGAGUUGCCGGGGCGGCUCUUGCUUACACACUUGGGAAGGGUGGACGAAAAGUGCAUGUUAUUGAGAGGGACUUGAGUGAGCCUGAUAGAAUCGUGGGUGAAUUGCUGCAGCCUGGAGGUUAUUUGAAGUUAAUUGAAUUGGGUCUUGAGGAUUGUGUGGAGGAAAUUGAUGCUCAAAGGGUCUAUGGCUAUGCUCUGUAUAAGGAUGGGAAAAACACAAAACUAUCUUAUCCUUUGGAGAAAUUUGACUCCGAUGUUUCUGGCAGGAGCUUUCACAAUGGGCGUUUCAUUCAGAGAAUGCGAGAAAAGGCUGUGUUUUUCCCAAACGUGAAACUAGAACAAGGAACAGUCACAGCUCUAAUUGAAGAAAAUGGAAUCAUCAAAGGGGUGCACUACAAAACCAAGGAUGGGCAAGAGCUCACAGCAAGGGCCCCCCUCACCAUAGUCUGUGAUGGUUGCUUUUCCAACUUGAGGCGUUCUCUUUGCAAGCCAAAGGUUGAUGUACCAUCUCAUUUUGUUGGUCUUGUCCUGGAGAAUUGUGAUCUUCCAUAUGCAAACCAUGGGCACGUUAUCUUAGGUGAUCCUUCUCCCAUUUUAUUUUAUCCCAUUAGCAGCACUGAGAUUCGCUGUUUGGUUGACGUACCUGGCCAAAAAGUACCUUCUAUUGCCAAUGGUGAAAUGGCUACAUACCUGAAAUCUGUGGUAGCUCCUCAGGUUCCGCCAGAGCUGUAUGAUUCUUUUCUAGCAGCCAUUGAUAAGGGCAAGAUAAGGACCAUGCCAAACAGAAGCAUGCCCGCCUCUCCUUACCCCACACCCGGUGCCCUUCUGAUGGGAGACGCCUUUAAUAUGCGUCACCCUUUGACGGGAGGAGGAAUGACUGUGGCACUAGCUGACAUUGUUGUCCUGAGGAAUCUUCUUAGGCCACUUCGUGAUUUGCAUGAUGCUUCUGCUCUUUGCAAGUAUCUUGAAUCAUUCUACACGCUGCGCAAGCCAGUGGCAUCUACAAUAAACACAUUGGCAGGUGCACUGUACAAGGUAUUUUGUGCAUCCCCUGAUCCAGCUAGGAAGGAAAUGAGACAAGCAUGUUUUGAUUAUCUCAGCCUUGGAGGCGUUUUCUCGAAUGGACCAAUAUCUUUACUAUCUGGCUUGAACCCUCGCCCACUUAGCUUGGUUCUCCAUUUCUUUGCGGUGGCUAUCUAUGGUGUUGGCCGUUUGCUAAUCCCAUUUCCUUCUCCAAAGCGCAUGUGGAUUGGAGCUAGAUUGAUUUCAGGUGCAUCGGGAAUCAUUUUCCCCAUUAUUAAGGCCGAAGGAAUAAGGCAGAUGUUCUUCCCAGUGACCGUGCCGGCAUAUUUCAGAACUCCUCCUGUUCAUUUACAUGACUCAAACUGAGACCAUAUAUAGAAGGGGGAGAACUUUUCGAGUUUGUUACUACAUAUAGUUUCUGCUAUAGCUUUCUUUCUUUCUUUGGAAAAGAAAAAACUAGUUAUAGUUCGUAUUUUUCUUUCCCCUUCAUGCUUGAUUAAGAACAAUAACUGUGGACAACUGCUGCUUCAUGUGCAUUUCGUUUUGUUCACUGAAUUGGAGCAAAAGAAAACUCUAGGAGCCUAUCUUCCAAUUGUAAAAUUUACAGAGACCAGUAAUAUGUUUCCUUCAUAGCUAAUGCAAGAUCAUGUUUUAGGCUGCU